AUGAGGAGCCUACUCUCCUCCACCUACUCCUCCUCAUCAUCGCUACAACAACCAUCACCACCACCCCUCAAACCACCAACGGAGCAAACCCCCCUCCUCCUCCCGCUCCCAACAACAGGAGGCGACGCAGCCCUCCCCCCAGGUCCCUCCCCAACCAUCAACAAUGACCCCCCAGAAGAAGAAUCCGAACCCCCCUUCCCAGCCUCCCAAAUCCUCCUCCUCUGCCUCGCCCGCCUCCUCGAACCCAUAGCCUUCUUCUCCAUCUUCCCCUACAUCAACAAAAUGGCCCAAGAAAACGGCGCCCUCCCCGACACAGACGUAGGCUUCUACUCGGGCCUGAUCGAAUCCCUCUUCUCCCUCACCCAAAUGUUUGUCAUGGUCUUCUGGGGCCGGGCCUCCGACUCCUUUGGUCGAAAACCCGUCCUUGUCGCCUCCAUAGUAGGGGUUUCCCUCGCGACGAUGCUGUUUGGCACUGCCAAAACAAUCACAGAAAUGAUUGUUUAUCGGUGCGCGGCGGGUGUCUUUGCGGGGAACGUGGUGACGAUCAGGACCAUGAUUGCAGAGCAGUGCGGGCAGAGGAGCGGGAACCACCAGGCCAAGGCGUUUGGGUGGUUUAGCAUUGCGAAUAAUAUGGGGAUUUCGCUUGGGCCGUUGAUGGGGGGGAUGUUGGCUGAGCCGGCGGGGACGUGGCCGGGGUUUUUCGAGGGGGGGUUGAUGGAACGGUAUCCGUAUUUGUUGUCUAGUUUGGUGAUUGGGGGGAUGGGGUUGGGGUGUGCUGGGGUGGUAGGGGUUUGGGUGGAGGAGACGUUGGAUAGGGGGACGGAGGGGAAGAGGGAGGUGGAGAGGAUGACGGUUGGGCAGUUGGUGAGGAGUCCCGGGGUGGGGAUCGUGUUGGUGGUGAAUGGGUGGGUGAUGUUGCUGGCUUACUCUUACACGGCCAUCUUGCCGGUGUUUUGGUUUACCAAGGUGGAGUUGGGGGGGUUUGGGUUCUCGCCGGUGCAGAUUUCGUGGCUGAUGGGGCUUACUGGGUUGAGUCAGGCGGUUUGGAUGCUGGCGAUCUUCCCGAGGCUGCAGGCGAGGAUUGGGACGAAUGGGGUUAUGAGGGUUUGUGCGAAGGCGUAUCCGUUCUUCUUUGCGCUGGGGCCGGUGUUUAGCAUGUUGGUGAGGACGGGGAGGCCGGAGUUUGUGACGGUGUUUUGGGUGUGUGCGCCGGUGUUUUUCUGCUUGGGGAGCGGGGUGAGUAUGUCGUUUACGGCUAUUCAGCUUGCUGUCAAUGAUGUUGCUCCUGUUGCGAGGAUGCUUGGGACGUUGGUGUCGAUUUCGCAGGCCGUGGUGAGCGGGAUGAGGUCGUUUUCUCCGGCUCUGUUUGCGAGUUUGUAUGCGUUGAGUGUGAAGGCGCAGUGGUUGCUGCAUGGGUAUUCGAUUUGGGUGUUGAUGGUGGCUAUGGCGUUGGUGUUUACCGUGUUGAGUCUUUGGCUGCCUGAUUAUGAGCAGCUGAAGAAGGAGAGAGAGGCGAGGGCUGAGGGGGAAAGUGAAAGACUUUUGGCUUGA